AUGAACACAAUCCUCGGGCUGGUCCCAAGUCUUCUGAACCUCGAUUUCUCAUUCGGAUGGAAAUUCUACUAUGUACCAAUCAUGAGCUCAAAUUCCUCGAGCGCAACCAAAAGCGCCAAAAGCGCAAAAGAGAGCACAUCAAUUUCACCAUAUUGCGCACCCCCGCCUUACAAUGAUGUGAGCGGCCCCGUUAUCAUAGGCCAAGAUGGCAAACCUCAAUUCCUAUCACCAGAGGAAGAGGUGGAGCGACAACAUCGACUGCAGCAAGCGGUGCGCGAGAAGAUGUUAGGGUUACCACGAACGACCAAGUUCGAAUGGUACCAGGGGACGUCAGGAAUGUCAACAACAGAAACAUCAGGGGCUACAGGAACUGUGGAAGAAUUACAACUACCACCAUAUACACCCCGAGAUGAGAAAUGA